AGACAAUUACCAAAUACUAAAAACAACUUACUCUUCUUCUGACUUCAUCUUCUCUAUAGACUGACACUGUUUUCAAGAUGCGAAUAUGCAUAGUAGGAGCAGGCUCAGCCGGCAUGACAAUGGCAAAACAAAUACUGGAUGCUAGGAAACAAUUUAAGCAAGGGAUCGAAUUCAUUCUUUUCGAAAGACGUGACGAAGUAGGAGGAAUAUGGCAGCAUGAGAAGGAUAUUAAAGAUCCAAUACUAUGCUGGGAACAAGAUGACACUUCACUACUUCCUUGCUCCAAAAGUGCUCGACAAAAAAGAAGGCUUAGACUUAAAUGGCAAGAAGCAUGGCCGCCAGGAGCAAUGUUUGAAGGAUUACGUACAAACAUUCCAUGUGAUCUGAUGAGCUAUCGUGAUAGUUUGUUUAGAGAUGGAACAGAUUUAUACCCAUCACGCGAGACUGUACAAGAAUAUCUAGAGAAGUAUGCGGAUCAGCAUGAGCUAAGGAGAAAUGUCAAAUUUUCAACAACAAUCGAACGUAUAAUCAAAGAUGAACGUUCAAAUGGAUGGUCAGUAACAUACAAUUCGAACGGCGGUAAUCAACAAAGCACUACUGAACAAUUCACACACCUCGUCUUAGCCCAUGGUCGAUGUAGUGUGCCCAAUAUACCCAAUAUAGAAGGGAUCACAACAUUCUCUGGGCGGAUAUUGCAUUCGGCGUGGUAUAGAGAUCCCACGUUGCUCCUCAAAGAAGGUGAGCCAAAGCGGAUAUUGAUUGUGGGAAAUGCAUCAAGUGGAAUGGAUAUAGCGAGAGAGUUGUCUGGAUUCAUCACUCGCAAUCUACCCUGCGGAUUCAAUCCGAAGCAAUGGUUAGACCAAUGUCAAAAAGAUCCAUUCGAAGUUCUUUCAUCUUGGCAUUCUCCAGAAAAGCCGCCUCCGAUGGAUUAUAAUCCAUUAGAUCCGGAAUCGCCAGCAUGGUGCAAGAGGAUCAAAGUUGUGGAAAGCAUUGAAUCUAUACAAGGAGAUCGCAUUCACUUGGCAGAUGGUUCAAUCCUAAGCGAUAUCCCACUUAUAAUCUUUGCUACUGGAUUCUUGUUCGAUAAUGCCUUCUUGGAUCAAACGGCCGGUAUGUUGAAUAAGUACCCUCUUUUGCCUCCUUCAAGUCACCCGUCCCGCAUAGGAUUCCCGUCUGCUUCAGUAUAUAACCUAGACGAUUGGUUCUUAUGUCAUUCAAAGGAUGAAACGCUCGCUAUGCUAGGAUUGCCGAUCACCGUUGUGCCUUUCCCAUUUACAGAAAUACAGGCUAUGUAUUUGAUUCAUCGUUGGUUGGAUAAAGCGCCAAAGUUACCAUUUCUAGACAGAAGCAUUCCGCCUACGGAUGAGCAAAGGUGGCGCUCAGAACGAAAAGACGCAAACGUGAACGGUCACUCUGAUGAUCAAGAAGUCAUCCUGAAUACUACUCCUCACACGUUCGGUAAACCUUCCGAUCAGGUUUAUUUGGACAGGUUGAUUUCCAUGUUGCAGCUCGUGGAUAAAGAAGCAGGCAAAGAAGUUCCAUGGAAGUCAGAUUAUUCGAGUGACGGGAAGGGGCAUGGCUUCCCUAAAGGACCUGAAGCACGUUUUGCUACUUCUCCAUGGCGAACAGAAAGACGAAAUGCAGGAAGGCUACUUCGUCGUGAAACAUUAGGAUAUUAAGAGACACUUGCAUUGCAUUGAAUAGAUCUAAUGUACAUUUUGUACAUUAUCUCCA